AGAAAGGAGCGAAUCCAGUGAGGCCUGCUCGCUCGUACGUCUCUCUUUCACCGCCAAGUGUUCCGGAAGUUAAGGAAAGGAAAAGGAAGUGAGGGAGAAGUUGCCACUUGGCCCUUUAUGGCCGCUGCUGAGGCGGAGGAGGAGGACUCCACCUGCAAUGGCGGCGGCGGGAAAGUGAGGGACAGGUAGUGCUGAGCCCGAGGCACUUCCUCCCUUCUCCUCCUCAGGAAGGUUGUGUGAGGGCCUUGGCGACCUUCCUGGGCGGGAGUCGAGGCCUGGCGUGCCUCUUCUCGAGAGAGGGGCCCCCAGACUCGAAGCAGGGUGCUGCCCGCCCUCCUGUCGCCCAUCCCGGGUCCUUCGGGCCCAUGAGGCCUCCCCUUCUGGAGCCGUGAAGGCCACUUCCUUGGAAAACUGUAACGUAAGAGGAGCCGGCCAUGGACGACUUCUUGUCGAUCAGCCUGCUGUCUCUAGCGAUGCUUGUGGGCUGCUAUGUGGCAGGCAUCAUCCCGUUAGCCGUAAACUUUUCCGAGGAAAGACUAAAGUUGGUGACUGUUCUUGGUGCAGGGCUCCUUUGUGGAACUGCUUUGGCUGUCAUUGUGCCUGAAGGUGUACAUGCACUUUAUGAAGAUGUUUUGGAGGCAAAGCAUCACCCAGCCAGUGAGACUCAAAAGAUGGUUGAAUCUGAGAAAGCAGUCGAGGUACCAGAAGUGCAUGUCCAUGACCACAGUCAUGACCAUGAGAGAUUACAUGCCUAUAUUGGUGUUUCCCUCGUCCUUGGUUUUGUCUUUAUGCUUCUGGUGGAUCAAAUUGGAAGUUCUCAUGUCCACACUGCAGACGACCCAGAAGCAGCAAGGUCGGGCAAUUCCAAAAUCACUACCACACUGGGACUAGUUGUUCAUGCUGCAGCUGAUGGUGUUGCCUUGGGUGCAGCUGCUUCCACAUCUCAGACCAGUGUCCAGCUAAUAGUGUUUGUUGCAAUUAUGUUACAUAAGGCACCAGCUGCCUUUGGCCUUGUCUCUUUCCUCAUGCAUGCUGGUCUUGAACGAAAUCGAAUCAGGAAGCAUUUGCUGGUUUUUGCACUAGCAGCACCUGUCUUGUCAAUGGUAACCUACCUGGGACUAAGCAAGAGCAGCAAACAAGCACUUUCAGAAGUGAAUGCAACUGGAGUUGCCAUGCUCUUCUCUGCUGGAACUUUUCUGUAUGUUGCCACAGUUCAUGUUCUCCCAGAAGUGGGCGGAAUAGGACAUAGCCACAAGCCUGAAUCUGCUGGAGGAAAAGGACUCAGCCGCCUGGAGGUGGCAGCAUUGGUUCUGGGCUGCCUGAUCCCACUCAUUUUGUCCAUUGGACACCAGCAUUAAAGGUCCAGAAUCCAGUUGUAUUCUCAAUCCGAUGUGAGCAGCAUUCAGGUGGCAGCUGCUCUUUUAUCUUUGUCUCUCUUAUCCAUUUAACCAUCCCAUCUAUUUUAAGGAGUUGGAGAGAAGCAUGAUAUGAGAGGAUGCUGCGAAAAAUACCAAUAUAGCAGGACAGAUGGAUAUACAUUCUGUAUAACUUCCCUUUUUUGAAGACAUUUAUUAAGACUUCGUUUGGGAAGAACUCAAUUCCUCAUUGUGAAAUCAUAAUCCAAGCAUUUCCGUAUGCUGGCAGAUUUGCAACUGACAUUAAACUCUGCCUUCAGCGAUGUGGGACUACUUCUUUUCACUUGGUGGCAAUGGCAUGAACUCUCUUAAGAGGAUGCAUCCAGAAAAUAAAUGUUUGUGGAAUGAAGUCCUAGGCAAGAUUUUGUAUGUGUUUAAAAGCUUGAUAGGAACCUUGCAUUGGGGAUUGCUAGAAAGCACAUUGUGGUGUUUCUCAGUGUAACAAUCUAUACAGCAGAAUGCGGGAGCCACAUAGACCUGAAGUUUAGGUUGUUCUGAUCUCUAAGGACCCAGUGUCCAUUGAAACAGGCACUGUACUAAUUCAUUUAUGACGGGUUAUUUUAUAAAAUACAAUAAGGGAAAAUAGGCUAGGAAGAAUGAAGGACCCUGAAAGCAUCAACCUCUGCAGAAGCAAAGCUCAUGAUAACUAAUGUUAUCCCAAGCAAGAAACAUUUUAAUUUAUUUUCAGCCUGUUUAAAUUGAGCCACUUUCUGAAUUAUUUCAGUUAACUCUUAAGUGUAAAUGCAAUUCUGGAAUGCAGUGCCAAUCACUGGUGCCUUUCCAUGUAAGAUCUGUUGCCUAUCGGCUAUUAUUCUGUUGCAUUAUGAAAGAAAUUGUUGUAAAAGCAAUGGACAGUAACCUUAAAGGAUUUGAAAGUAUGCAUAGAUUCUUGGCAUACAUUUUAAUGAGUUUUCAAUCUUCUAUCCCAUUGCCAAAAAUUCUUCAAUUAAUAAUUACAAUUUCAGUGUUUCCAAAUAAGAUAAAAAGUGGAUGGACUCAUUUCUGUAGUACUAGUUAUUCCAUAUUAUAGGUCUCUUUCCCCUCUUUUGUUUCCUUAACGUAUGUGGCCCACAUAAUUUGGAUCUCUUGGUAACAUCCUGGCAAAUUAACAGAGAAACACGUUGUGAUUUUCCAUGAGGGACUUACUUUUUCUCAGUAGGUCACCUCUGCUUGCUGACUUAGUUUGUGCAGCCGCAAUAAUCAAGAUCAGGAUUUCCCUAAUUUUUUUUAAUUGGCACAGAAUAAUAUGCAUAUACAUGUGUUGUGAAGGCUAAUUAUAAAUUGAAUCUGUAAUUGGUUUUAGAUGGCUAAACCAGCACAUCAGGAAAACUCAGUUCAGAAGUGGGUCUACCAGAAGCUGGGAUAAACUGCAUUUGGUGUCUUUUGAUUCUUUAAAUAUGUGCCUGGAGUGAAAGGAAUAUAGGAAUUGUCAAAGAGGCAAUAAGCUGUAUCAGAUGGCAAAUUUGAUUUAUCUAUGGGCCUGCUUUACAGGGUUUUUACUAAUACUAACUUUUGAAAGGCAUAAUGAGUAUAAGAUACUAUAUCACAAAAUUGCUCAAUUUCACAAAAAGCAACUGUUUUAUCUGAUGUGUGAACAAAAAUGGCUUACAUGUGCAUCAGACCUGUCUACUUGGUUUAAAGUAAAGUGGGCAUCGAAAGUGAACUAAAGGUGGCCACUGGUUCAUAGUAGUGGACAAAAUAACAAGCUGAGUAGCAAAAUGGAAAGUUCCGGGCGAAGAACAGAUUCAAACAGAACAUCCAAUGCUGUAUAAAACCCAUUGGCAUAAAAGAUGCGAUGAAAGUUUCAGUUUCCUGGGAUUUUACUAUUUGAGAGUACUCCUUGGAUUACUGUUUUGGGUAGAAGCUGCCUCUACUGAAUCACAUAUUUAUGAAAACAACUUCUGCCUAUUCUAGCUACUUGCCUCACUAGUUUUGGGCUUGGUACCUUUGAUUUUUUUUUAAUGUAAAUGUAUUGUUUGCAUAACGUGCGAAGCCUAGGAGAGCUAAAACAUGAGGAAAUAUAACAAAGGCUUGUGCGGCUACAAUCUUAAUUACAGUGUAGUGGCAAGGAUGCCUUGUUAAACAGAUUUUAGAGUACAACAAUUAUCUAGUGGCAAGAACAGAUUCCUUAAGAUUAUGAAAGACACGGUCUUACAAAGCACCAGGUGUUUAGUCUCUUCUCGCUGUUAGAAUCUUAAGAUACAUUCUUGUUGAGGAGUUUUCUAUGCCCACCCAAAGAAUUAGCACUUGAAAUCAAGCCUUUUUCUAGUCUAAUUCUAGUCUUAUUAGCCACAAUAUGCAUUCUAGUGUAAGCUUCACAUUAGUCUGCUGGGAACUAUGAACUAUGGGAAGGGAUGAUUUAUUUACAGCCUCAUAAAUUUAUGUUUCUACUCAUUGAAUCAGUGGUGACAUGGGCUAAUGGUGGAAAUCAGUUUAGAAUUAAGCUGUAUCUUUGUGCAACAUUGUUUUCAAUCAUUUCACAGAAUAUGCCAUUCUUAAAGGUCUGAAUUAAAGUUUAGUUUAUAAUACCUGUAAGGAGGUGAUAAUGCACAUGUCAAAGGGAGUGUAGAACUGGCAAACAUGGGAAAAUGCUUUUUGAAAUUUCUUGAAUGGCAGAACAUUUCCUUGCUUAUUAGGUAAGGUGCAAACUGUCUUUUCAGGUCCAUUCAUUGAUAGCUAGUUGCAUUCUUCAUAGCCAGCUAUAUUGGAAUGGGAAAACUUGAACUUGUGUAUUGUGCUGCUGUAUUACACUCAUUGUGAUGAACCACAGGAGACUUGGGAUACCCUUUACAUUGGCAUUCAGAAGUGGAGUAUUCAUUUCAAAAAGAGACAAGUUAUUCUGUGCUUCAGUUAUGUCUCUGAACAGCUGUGACUUGCAGUUACAGUCCUCCCUGGACAUAGCUGUAUACCAGAUUUUGUGCACUAAAGUGUAAUUUUAAUGUAUUUUCCAGAUCAUUCGUUACACACAAAAUCAUUCCAUGGAUGGCUGCCUUAUUUUUAAUUUUUUUCACUCUAAUUGUGAACGGUUUAAAAAUGUUUUUAUUAUAUUAAAAUUUUUAUUAGCUGGA